UUGUUUACAUGUUGCGAGGCCAACGGGGCGGGAGGAGAAAAUCACGGGGCGGGUCAACGACAGUGCGGCGCCUUAGGUAAGCAGGCAUGUUGCUCAUUAGCGGGGAUUCCUGAGCCGCUGGAUGAGCGCCAGUGCGCUCCAGAUGAACCUCACUCAUUCUGGAUUCCCGUCACUAGGUGCGAUGCGCUCCGAGGUGUGUUUUAUUUGACCGACGGGGCGCCGUGUCUGGGAGAUUCAAACAAGCUCGCAUCCCCUAUCUUGCAGGAUACAGGAGAAUUAAUUCCGCUGGCAGAUUGGCUCAAAAAGGAGAAGACAUGCAUGAAUGCCAUGUGCAGGAAAAACAAAAAAAAGGAAACAUGCGGCUACAGCAUUUUCUAUGCACGGAAGGUCUGGGAUAAGAUCAGGGCUAGUUAUCAGUCCCGUCGUGAUGGCUGCCUCGAUGGUCUCGAUGCAAGCCCCGGGAGGCAAGCAGGUAAAACACUUACCAUCUACCUGGCUUCGGGUUGGAUGGAUCUGACGAACCAGUCUGCCGUGGGAAGUGCCACAUCGCACAUUCAAACCGAGUUGUACCUUUUGGGC